AGAGAGCUAAAAAGAGUAAUUAAUGGCAACAUCUUCCUUCUCUGUCACAUUCCUCUCUUCUCACUCAACCUCUUUCUUCCAAGCACAACUUUAACAUUUCCCUUCUCUCACUCUCUCUCGUCUUCAAACUUCAAAUAGAAAAAGUUCAGUCUCACUCCACCUGUAACCGUUCCAUCAUUAUCCAUAUGUAUUGUGUGUAUAUGUCCAAGGAGAUCAAUUAAGAACAGGGUCUGUGUUGAAAAGUAAAAUCUCUAACAGGGUCUUCCUUGAAAAGUAAAACCCUUCUCUUUCUCUUCUCUUUCAUUUAUUUGAUUACAAAAUUCCUCCCCUUCUCUCUCUCCGUUGAAUAGUAUAUGAUGAGCAAGGGAGAGCUUUGAGACAGAGGAACAUCUUCUUUGUCUUCUAAGUACUGAAACCUUACUUCUCUCUCUCUCUCUCUGGUUGGAUUUGCUGUGCAGAGAGAGAGAGGGGUUUGCUUUUCCUUAUCUGUUUGUUGUACAAGUGAGAAAUUGAAAAGGGUCAAAGCUCGUAUUGUUGAAAAUUUUUUGUGGGUUUUGUUGGGAUUUUGAAUCCGUUGAGGAAGAUGUUUGGCUGUGAGUGCUUCUACUGGAGCCGAGUCAACACUGAGUUGGACUUGCCCGAGCCACAGCCCUUCUCUCUGCCCUCUCCCAUUCCACCAUGGCCUCAAGGCCAAGGUUUUGCUACUGGAAAAAUAAACCUAGGAGAACUAGAAGUGAUGCAGAUUACCAAAUUUAAGAAAAUUUGGAGCUGCAUUAUGCAUGGAAAAUCAAAAGGGGCAACAUUUUACAAACCUGUGAAGAUCCCAGAAGGCUUCUUCUGCCGUUACUAUUGCCAGCCCAAUAAUCAGCCAUUGAAAGGAUAUGUACUUGUAGCUCGUGAUGCUACCUGUCACAGACCAGAAUUUGAUCACAGUCCUAAUCCAGCUCUAAGAAAGCCCCUUGGUUAUUCUUUAAUAUGGGGCACAGAUUCGCAUGAUGGUUCUGGUUACUUUUGGCUGCCUAACCCUCCAGUUGGAUACAAAGCCAUGGGAAUUGUCGUCACUAAGGAGUCAGAGAAGCCUGAACUUGAUGAAGUUAGAUGUGUCCGGGAGGAUCUCACUGCAACUUGUGAGACCUGUGAUGUGAUAUUUAGCACAGAUUCAAAUUCUUCCAGGAACUCUUUUCAGGUUUGGAAGAUGAGGCCCUGCAAAAGAGGAAUGCUGUGCAGAGGAGUUUCUGUUGGAACGUUCUUUUGCAGUACCUACUUGAAGUCUAUAAGCGAUGUAGAGAUAGCUUGUCUAAAGAAUCUGGAUCGCACUCUACAAGCAAUGCCAAAUUUGGACCAAUUACAUGCUCUUAUCAAACACUAUGGGCCAACUGUUUUCUUUCAUCCUGAUGAUGAGUACAUGCCGUCAUCAGUGCAAUGGUUUUUCAAAAAUGGAGCACGUUUGUAUUGCCAUGGGAAACGAAAAGGUGAACCCAUCGAUUACAGAGGCUCAAACUUGCCUAGUGGAGGGGCUAAUGAUGGUGAGUUUUGGAUAGAUUUGCCCGAGGAUGAUGAUGCAAGAAAUUAUCUGAAGAAGGGAAACCUAGAGAGUGCAGAGCUGUAUGUUCAUGUAAAACCAGCACUAGGAGGAACAUUUACUGAUAUUGCAAUGUGGGUAUUUUGUCCCUUCAAUGGACCAGCUACACUUAAAAUUGGACUGAUGAGCAUACCAAUGACAAGGAUUGGAGAGCACGUAUGUGAUUGGGAGCACUUCACCCUCCGCAUAAGCAACUUUACCGGAGAGCUCUGGCAAGUAUACUUUUCACAGCACAGUGGUGGUGUUUGGGUGGACACAUCUGGCUUGGAGUUCAUUCAAGGGAAUAAGCCAAUUGUGUAUUCAUCGAAAUGUGGUCAUGCUAGUUUCCCACAUCCCGGGAAUUACUUGCAAGGGUCAUCAAAGCUUGGAAUAGGAGUUCGUAAUGAUACCGCUCGAAGCAAUUUUUUCGUGGAUUCUAGCAGCAAGUACCAGAUUGUUGCGGCAGAGUAUCUAGGAGAGGGAGUUGUUACUGAGCCAUGCUGGUUGCUGUAUAUGAGAGAAUGGGGUCCAACCAUUGUUUAUGACUCAAGGUCUGAACUCGAUAAGAUUAUCAAUCUUCUCCCAUUGUUUGUUCGGUUCUCAGUGGAGAACAUCUUUGAUCUAUUUCCAACAGAGCUCUAUGGAGAAGAGGGACCAACCGGACCGAAAGAGAAGGACAACUGGUUGGGAGAUGAAAGAUCCUAGUCUCGCCAAAUGUAAGCUGUGAUUUGAGUACUGUCUCUGGGUUCUGAGGGUUACACGAAAAUGUUGAUUGCAUUGCAUUUCGAUUUAGCAAUAUAAUUAUGUUUGCCUGUAAAUAUUAUGAACUUGAGAUAAUUUUAUACUGUUCUUUACUGUUUUACCGUCAUUAUAGAACAGAAAGAUAAAGGUAACGGUAAAAAAAAAUGCAGGUUACACUGACUUGGUACAAACAAAGUCAUUGUAGACAUUUCCUCGUUGUAGUUAAAGCAGGAAGAUGGACUAUGUUUCCUUGUGAUGUAAUGGAGGGUUAGAAACCCAUCUGGUUAUACUGAUUGUAGAGUUCCAUUGCAGAUAGAAAAUGAUUUUGUGUAUGGUUUGUGCA